AUGGUGGAUGAAUACAAGUCCCUUCUGAAUGAGAGAGAGGAAAGCAAAAAUUCCGUCAAAUACACCUCGUGUUAUCAGAGGUUUAGCAAACCGUUUGUGUAAGUGGAAUGUUGAGAUUUUCCUAAAAUUAUCCUUGUUUUCUUCAAGGAAAGGCAACGUAUUUUAGAGAAAUAUUUUAGAGAGUAACGCACAAUCGUUAAUUUCACUAUUUUAGAAUUUUCUUAUGGGACACCAUAAGUGUAGUAACAACGUGUUUUUUCCAAAUUUUCACGUUGGCCGAGUUUUAUUUUCAAAUUUGGUUAUAAAAAGCGAAUUGCAAAAACUCAGCAGCAACAUAAAAAAUGCGUAAUUAUCCUUCAAGUUUGCCGCAUUAACCCACUUCAUUUCAGCAAACUUGUAAUCCUCCUAUCAGCUAUUGCCAUGCCGAUUUUCUUCACAGUUUGCUACCUGCGUCAUGAAGAAUGGGCAAAAAUUCUUCCCGUUGACGACACUUGGGUGGUGCUGUCGUCCGACCUGAAUAUGUACUACUUGUUACAUGUCCCUGUAGUGACCAUGUACUGGAGAAAUUUGGGAGUCAAAACCUUGCUACUAAUCACAUUGAAGGAGGGGGAAGAAGUCGACGAUGAUAAUCGAGGACUUCAUACACUGCUUGAGUUCGUGGAGGGAUAUAUGGGGGUAAGAUGGCCCAAGUUAUACCGCAGAUUUCUUUGCAGUCGUUUAUAGAGACAGGUUUAGAUCUUCUUGAUAUAUAAAAAGAAAAAGUGUUAAAAUAAGCUAUUUCUGGUUCGAAAAUGCCAAAAUGUUCUAUUGUGCAUUUGUAACACAUUCAAAGCAUCAAGUAACCGUUUACAUUUACAGGUAAAGGUGAUCUACCUUCGAAAUCAGACCAUUCCCGCAGGGCAGUUCGCUCAAACGGUCAGAUCCUUUGCCGCAGGCACUGAAUUUGCCCACACUUUGGAUCCGGAUAAGACCGUUUUCGUGACAAGCGACGUAGACUUCUUCCCGAGUAAUCUCACCUUGCAUAUCCCAAAAACUCAUCGAGGGAAAGAGAUCAUGUUGUACGACGUCGGUUGCUGUGGAUUUCUCCAUUGGCAUGGGGAGCUAUACCCAAUGUAUAUCAUGAUUACGGUGGGGAUGACGGUCAGAAAAUGGAGAGAUGUUAUUGGUAAAUCAAAUAAAAAACAGUGAAUAACAAUGGUCUAUAUUACAGGCUUGCCACAUGACCGACCGGUAGAUAGUAAAUUCAUUGAUACGUAUGUAAACAAGACUUUUGACAACUCGAUCAACGAGAGGAAUGAGUUCUGGAGGUGGUUUCUGGAUCAAAGAUUCUUCAGUUUGAAGAUGAAACAUUGGAAAGACGAGCAUGAGGCGUUGUAAGUGCUCUUUGAAACGUUGGAAUUCCAAACGAUGACUUCAAGAAAAACAAGAGCUCAGAUUUUAAUCAAACUUGGCUUGAAUCUAGAUUUGUUUUAUCCAAGGCCUGCAAGAUUUCUAGGUCGUGCUUUACAACCUUGAAGGUGGAUAGAAACGACAAUUUUUAAGGAAAAGAUACGUUUCUAUCGCUCGCAAUUGUCAGAUAUACGACCACAAAGCAUUUUUCCUUCUGAACGCGCCCCGCACAUCGCGAACUCGUCGACUGAAGUCGUUGAAUAUCUCGGCUGACCCUGCAAAGAACAAGCUUAAAUUUCCAGGGCUUGAUACGUUACCAAGUCCGACAAGUGUGCAACAUUUAGAAAAAAUUUGAGCGUCGCCCAUAUUUUUGCAGUAACUAUGAUUCUCUGAACCUUAGGUGCUAUGUUUCGUACAACCCGUAUAACCUGUGGUUUUUCAGAUUCAACAAGACCGUGGAAACAGUGGACCGCAAAGGACAGCCUCGUUUGGAAAGAUUCCAAUGGCCAGAAAAGGAAGAAUUCAAAAAUAUGGAUGUCUGGAAGAGAUACGAAAGCGCGCACAUCGCCCCGGGAAUUAUUCUGGAUCCGGUUUGGGAGACAAAUCUUCCAUUUUAUGAGAAAAUACUCAGACCGGAACAGAUCAGGAAGCUGACACAGCUAAGGAAAGACGUCCUCAAGUUCACAGAUGUCAAGCAAAUUAUGGCAAACCAUUACCAUCCGGAAAAAGACGAUGGAUAUUGGCAGAGGACCUUCCACAUGAAAGGAAUGUUCAAUCAUAGUGAUCAUUUGAACAAUGCGUUUAAGCCUUAG